AUGGAAGGGCUUAGCCUGUGCUUCUUCAUGUUUGUGGUAUUGAACGCCUCUUGUUCAUGUGGCGGUCGUUUGUUGGACACAAACAGAGAAGAAGAAAUAAUACUUUUUGAAAAUGGAGCUGGUCAGGCUCCUCCUAUGGGAUGGAAUAGCUGGAACCAUUUUCAGUGUGACAUUAACGAGGAGAUGGUUAGAGAAACAGCUGAUGCAGUGGUGUCAACGGGCCUUGCAGAUUUAGGAUACCAAUAUAUUAAUUUAGAUGAUUGCUGGGCUGAACUACAUCGAGACUCGGAGGGAAAUAUGGUUCCAAAAGCUUCAAAAUUUCCAUCCGGAAUUAAGGCUUUGGCUGAUUAUGUUCAUAGCAAAGGACUGAAGUUUGGCAUUUAUUCAGACGCUGGCACUCAAACGUGUAGUAAGCAAAUGCCUGGAUCACUAGGACAUGAAGAGCAAGAUGCAAAAACAUUUGCUUCCUGGGGUGUGGAUUUCUUGAAGUACGACAAUUGUGAGAAUAGUAAUAUAACAGCAAAAGAGAGGUACCCUAAAAUGUCUGAAGCUUUAUUAAACUCUGGGAGGAGGCAAAUCUACUUCUCCAUGUGUGAAUGGGGAUCAGAGGGCCCAGCACUUUGGGCCAAAAGUGUAGGCAAUAGCUGGAGAACAACAGGAGAUAUUGAAGAUAAAUGGGAAAGUAUGACAACUAUUGCGGAUGCAAAUGACAAAUGGGCAUCUUAUGCUGGACCUAGAGGUUGGAAUGAUCCAGAUAUGCUAGAAGUUGGAAAUGGAGGAAUGACAACUGAAGAAUAUCGAUCUCAUUACAGCAUUUGGGCAUUAGCUAAAGCUCCUUUGUUGAUUGGCUGUGACGUUCGAACUAUGGAUUCUACAACAUUGGAACUGCUAUCCAAUAAGGAAGUUAUUGCUGUCAACCAAGACAACCUAGGAGUUCAAGGAAGGAAAAUAAAAAGUGAAGCUGGUUUGGAGGUUUGGGCUGGUCCUCUCAGUAAUAACAAAAUAGCAGUGGUUUUAUGGAACAGAAGUUCAUCAAAAGCAACUGUGACUGCAUAUUGGUCUGACUUAAGCUUGGAACCACAAAAAGUUGUAGAUGCUCGAGAUUUAUGGCAGCACUCAACACAAACAUCAGUUUCUGGACAAAUUUCUGCUGAAUUGGAUUCACAUGCUUGCAAGAUGUAUGUUCUUACUCCCAGCUAA